UUAAGCGCCUGUCAGGUGGCAGACUGCAAGACAACGUGGACUGGAACUAAAAAAAAAAUUGCACACUCCCCUCCGAGACGCGCGUGGCCGGUGCACAGACGGCGCAGACGGAGUCUCCGUGCAGCUAGCUCGAAGCAGUCCGGGACAAAGUGAGGCUCCGGCGGGGAGCUUUAUUGGAGCGCCUGCUAGCUGUAGCUACAGCGGACGGUAGUUGGGCUGCAGCCUCGCUCGCUGCACUUGGCGUGGGUUGAGGAGUUGUUAGCUUUAGCCACUACUGCCGCGGGUCGGAGUGGGAGAGGGCGAGCUGCUCGAUGACGAUGACUGCAGAGGAGCAGAGCGGCGAAGGACAGCACGCCAUCCCGAUGGAAGGGGAGGACAUCACGCCAAAGAAAGAUGGGGGUGUUUUAAAGCUGGUGAAAAGGGAGGGUACAGGCACAGAGCUGCCUAUGAUUGGAGACAAAGUUUACGUCCAUUAUGUUGGGACUCUUGUGGAUGGAACUGUAUUCGACUCAAGUCGAGAACGAGAAGACAAGUUUACCUUCGAGUUGGGCAAAGGGCAGGUCAUAAAGUCAUGGGACAUCGGCGUGGCCACGAUGAAAGUGGGAGAGUUGUGCCAGAUUAUAUGUAAGCCAGAGUACGCUUAUGGAUCUGCAGGCAGCCCACCCAAAAUACCCCCUAACGCCACUCUUAUUUUUGAGGUGGAACUGUUUGAUUUUCAUGGUGAGGAUGUUUCCGGUGAGGAAAACGGAGGAAUUAUCCGACGCAUUAUCACCAGAGGGCAGGGAUAUGCCAAGCCUAAUGAAGGAGCUGCCGUUGAAGUCACUGUGGAGGGGAGCUGCGAUGGACGUGUGUUCGACGAGAGAGAACUAAAAUUCGAGGUUGGAGAUGGGGAGAGUCUCGGUUUGCCCGUUGGAGUGGAGAAAUCUAUCAUGGCUAUGGAGCAAGGAGAAGAGGCACUAUUCACCUUGAAACCUAAGUAUGGCUUUGGGAAUGCAGGAAGUGCACGGUUUAACAUUCCUGGUGGUGCAACCCUGCAGUACAAGAUCAAGCUGUCAGCUUUUGAAAAGGCAAAGGAGUCAUGGGAAAUGAACACUGCAGAAAAAAUUGAGCAGAGUGGCAUCGUCAAAGAGAAAGGAACGCAGUACUUCAAGGAGGGAAAGUACAAGCAAGCAUCAGUGCAGUACAAAAGGAUUGUGUCAUGGCUGGAACAUGAAUCUGGUUUGUCACCAGAAGAUGAAAAGAAAGCAAAAUUGUUGCAGCUGGCUGCACAUCUGAAUUUGGCCAUGUGCUUCCUCAAACUGCAGGAGCCAAACCAAGCCUUGGAAAGCUGUGAUAAGGCUCUGGAGAUGGAUGCAGCCAAUGAGAAGGCUCUGUUCCGAAGGGGAGAGGCACUGUUUGGUAUGAAGGAGUUUGACAGAGCAAAAGACGAUUUCCAACGAGUUGUUCAGCUGUAUCCUAGCAACAAGGCUGCCAAGAAUCAGGUGGUCCUCUGCCAGAAACGUAUUAAGGAGCAGCACGAGAAGGACAAACGCAUCUACGCCAACAUGUUUCAGAAAUUUGCUGAGAGGGACUCAAAGGUGAAAAUUUGUCCUUCCCUCCAGCUGCCACCAGAGGAAAGAAGCAGACAAAGUGAAGAGUGACGUUAAGUCCAACGACGACGAGAUGGAGGUUGAAAAUGGAGAAAAAGAAGUCGCAAGUGACACCAAGGCGUAGAUGGAGAGGAGGCGACUGUAACUCUACCCCACUGUUUUUGAAUUUUUUUAAACAUCGGCCAUCUGUGUUUUAAGGUGUGGUUGUGUCUAUAUGAAAUAUGCGUAUGUGUGAGGGAGUGAUCAUGUCGAUGAGAGCACUGACCUUGGGCAUGUCUUUGCUGGCUUUCAUUGUGUUAGGGCUUUUAUUUUCUUUUUAUUUUUUGUUGCUGUGGCAGCUAGCUGAGCGGGUGCGGCUUUCCCAGCUGAUGGCACUGCGGGAUCCGGAUUUUAAUAGAUAAAUGGUGUGCCACAACCCUGCACCCCUGAACCCUUUCAGCCCACAGCUUUGGAACUGUGCAUGUGUUCUCACAGUGACUAUGGGUAGGAAACAAGAAAAAAAAAAAAAAAGUGCACCCCAAGUGUUAUUUGCAGAGUCUCAAACCCCCCUCCCACCCCCCACCCGUCAAGGGCUACACCAUUCUCCUUGCACUACCUUCUGUCCUACGACCCUCGCCAUAUUUUUUUGCUAUCCAUCCAAACCUCCCCUCAUGGGCCUACUGAUCAAUUCCUGAAGUUGUGAUGACUGUGUGCAUAGAGCUGACGUGUUUCUGAAUGUUAGUGCCUGUGUCCCAGAGUAUGUAGCAAUGCGGAUAAGUGGAGUAACGAAACAUAAACCGGGAGGAGUCGUCUGAUUUCCAGCUUCUCUCUCAAGUUAAAGAUGGAACUCCAUUAAAUCCCCAUAGGGUACAGGACUGUUCACUUUUAUUUUGGAUAUAUUGACUUUGUACUUCUUUUUUUUCCCCCCCCCCUCUAGUGUGGUGCCUGUGAUUUCUGUACUUUCCUCAAAAUGAUGAAAACAAACCAAUUUCUUAACUGGAAUAUGUGCAUUUUGAAGCAGCUACAGCAGAAAGGACCUUAAGCGUCUUCUCCUGGACAUACUCGAGUAAUGGUUAAGUCUUAGUCUUAAUUUACUGUAACAAAAAAAAGAAACUGUGUGUGAACAAGUGUGCUUUUACAGCUACAACAGAUGCAGGUUGUACAACUUAGAGAAAUACAUGAGCCUGGUCCACUUUAGUCAGCAGUGCCUACAGAGGGGGGCAGAAGUCAAACUAGAGGCUUAAAUUAAAACACAGCUGCUGGUUGUGUUGAGUUCUUCUAUGUUAGGGGGGAGAAAACAUCACUGCUUGGUGUGUCCUGACAGAAGGCUAUAAUAAAAAGUAGCUACAACAUG